AUGUCCGACGACCCCACUGCCGACUUCCUUGCCCGCGAGAAGGCCAUUCUUGGUGAUGACGCCGACCUCUUCGCCUCAGGCGACGUUCCUUCCCAGCCUUCCGGCAUCGACGCUUUCCCGGAUAUCUCUGACAGCCCCGCGCUGAGCAACCCAGCGAGCCCCGAGAAGAAGCCGUCCGGCAUCGACGCUUUCCCCGCUCUCGAGGAGGAGACCAAGACAGAGGUCCGCGUGACGGGAACGCAGGGACUUGGCGAGGACCCGGAGCGCGAGAACUUUGAGGCCCAGUUCCCCGACAUCUCCACCGAGGUCCCCAGCGCUGCGCCUGCGAAGCCCGUCUUCAACGCCCUCUCGCCUCAGCCGUACGGCCAGUCCCCCUACCCGCCCACUGAGAAGCCCCGUACGCCGGUGUCGAUCCUUCCUGCUCCCCAGUUCCAGAACACGCUCCCGGAAACCGAGGAGGACUCUGAGCCCAUCAAGGAGUGGAAGAAGCGUCAGGCCGAGGAGAUCGCCAAGCGCAACGAGGAGGACAAGAAGAAGCGCGACGAGAUGGCCAACAAGGCUGAGAAGGCCAUUGACCAGUUCUACGAGGACUACAACAAGGAGAAGGAGAAGAACAUCCGCGAGAACAAGGAGAACGAGGCCAAGUUCGUUGAGAAGCUGAAGGACGACAUCGCCAAGGGCACCGCGUGGGAGCGCAUUGCUGAGCUCAUCGGCCUCGAGAACAGCCAGUCGAAGACGAUUCGCCCCACCUCGGCCGGCUCAGAUCUCGCUCGCAUGCGUGAGAUUCUGCUGUCUCUGAAGCGUGACGGCGACAAGGCGCCUGGUGCCGCCGGCUACUAA